UGUGCAAAUGUGUGUGUAUGUGUAUGUCGAGUGUACAUGUUAUUAGGAUUGUGCUGGUGGAGUGUUACAUGUGCUCUGUGUGUUUUUAUAGUGCGUAAAUAGAACUUUUAGUUAUAUAUGUAAAAUAUGCAUAAAACAUAUUCUUAGCACUCAACCGUAGUGGAAAAUGGUAACAUAGUGUAAAUAAACAAAAACAAACAAUAACAUUCCAAUUAAGUCGUCAAGCAAUCAUUCCCAGUUUUGCCAAAUGGUAACCUAAUUCAGGAAUACAGAGUUCAAAAGUGGGGUUCAAUUCAUGCGCUUGUGAUCUUUUGUACAAAUCUUUCACUUCCUUUGCCAUAUCAGAAUGGAGGCCAACAACAAAGAGGCUGGCCUCACUCGACCUCCUCCCCCACCAGGUGGGGACCUUAUUCAGCCUCCUCCCCCUCCAGGUGGUAGCCUCACUCGACCUCCGCCCCCUCCUGGUGGUGGCCUUAUUCGACCUCUGCCCCCUCCUGGUGGUGGCCUUGCUCGACCUCCUCCCCCUCCAGGUAGUGGCGCUGGUGGAGGUGGAGGAGGAGGAGGAACUGGUGGUGAAGGAGCCCUAGGAUCCCUAGGGAAUCACGCCCUCCCUGGAGUGAAGGGCCCUAAUUCUCUGGGUAACGGCCCUCACUCUCUGCAGUACACCUCGUCUUACGGGCGUUGGAGCCCUGUUGAUCGGGGACCCGUUCAGGGAGGGGCCCCCCUUGCCACGAGCUUUCUUCGUCGGAACCGCAUGGGCCCUCUGGGACCAACUCUAGCCAUGGGCCCACUCACUCGACAGCAAGCGCAGGCCAAGCCUAAAGAACCUGACCAAGACGAGGCUUUUGUUGAGGAGUCUGGCAUUAAGUUGUUCGAGACCCGACCUCAGACGGAUGAUGAUGACGAUCAUGAUGAUGACGAUGACGAUGACGGGGACGACGAUGAGGACGGCGAGGACGAUCCUCUCUAUGAGUUGGAUGUCAUGGAUGACACAAUUGUGGAGGAGGGAGAAGAUGAUGAGGAGGAAGAAGAGGCCACCUCCAAAGUGGAUGACUCGGCUUCCAAGAAGAAAGAGGAAGACAAGACCAGCGCUGAAGUUGGGAAAGAGACUGAGAAGAACCCCUCAACAGAAGCCCCAGCCAAAAACACCCCGUCCGCCUCAUCGCUCCAGGAAGAUGGAACAAAGGCUGAAAGGAGCAGCAGCCUCAGCAGCAGCAGCUGUGGCAGCAACAUUGGCGGUAGUAACAUUCCCCCCACUUCCAGUGGUAAUGUGGGGAGCAGGAAUGUCAAUGGCACCCUGACGAACAGCGCGAGUGGGAGCAUCGGCGGAUGCUCCUCCAGCACCAGCAAGAGAGACUCCUGCAGCAGUGGCAGUUCCAGAGACUCUGGGAUGGGCGAAGUCUGGUCUGCCCCGGAGCCCUUCACCCGCAACCGGCCUGGACGUCUGUCGUUGCCUACGACAAACAGACCAAGGCACCAGUUUACCAUCAGGAGAGUCGCUGAAGCAGAGGCACCUCUUCCAGCCAGGAGGACCACUGACUUCAUUGACAAUCGUCUGGCUGAGCUCAGGACUACAGAAGGAGCCAGUGGCAGUCGCACAGGUCACUCACUCAUCUGGGUGAAAAGAGAUGGUAUGGAAACUGCGGGUGUUGGGUCCUCCGGCAAAGCCCAAGAUGGUUCUUCAGACUUGUCUCAUGACAUUGGGUAUGGGGUAUCGUCUGGAAUCGACGGUGGCGAUGGUUCGGCGCAGUCCAGCGGCGUACGCCCUCGCUCGGGCACCUGGAGUGUUGCCAAUUCGCGGAGGGUCAAGAUCAAAGCUGAAAAGGAGGAAGAAGCCAUCCUUCUGGAUCAGAUCCCAUCCCCCCCGCAAGAGACAGCUUCCUUCCGCCAGCGCCGCAAAUCUGGUGACGAUAUUCUAGCGGCAGCGACCAAUAAUGCCAACAACGUUGCGAGCAGCCGUCGUAAGGAAGGAGGCCCACAAGGGUUCUUUGACUCUUUUAGACCGCGCUCCAAAUCAGAUGCCAGAGCCAUAUUGGCAGCCAGGCAGAGACGCAAGUCUGGGGAUGACGUUCUCAAUGCGACCACAAAAGAGAAGGAGAAGAAAAAGGAAGCUAGUCCAGGAUUCUUUGAAUCAUUCCGACCUCGUUCCAAAUCUGAUGCUUCGCGUGUUGGGAAAAAGCCAAACUUGAUGACUACGAUGAAAAAUGCUAUGCAGAACUGGAGUGAUGAGAAGGAGCGGAGGAAGAGAGAACGAGAGGCUCAGCGAAGGGAGAGGCAAUUGAUGUUGGGGCGGUUCUCCAAGUCGUGUCAGCAUACUUUGGUAUCGCCUAGUAGCAGCAAUCGAGGUGGCCGCCGUAGUGGUGAAGCCACGCCAGUAGACCAACCUAGCGAUGAUGUGUAUCACACCUGGCACGCUGGAGCUCCCCAUCCCAACUUACACUUACGAAACCGCACACAGGAAAGCAGAUCAACACCCAUAUCCAAGGUCAUGGAACUGUUCAGAAGCCACCGAGGUGAAUCAACAGAUGAUCGACAACGUAGGAAGAGUGGAGGGAUUGCUGGCCGAGGGCAGUUUCAGAAACAUGGUGAUAAAAGUCAGAUGCGCAGGCACUCUGGGGAUGUUGACAGAAGACGACAUGGCAGUGGUUCCUCACAUCACAAUGUAUAUGUACGUGGAGAGAUGGACCCCAACCAAGCGGCUAUACUUUUCCGAGAUUCUCGAGGGAUAUACAGUCGCUACGGAAAGUCUUGUCCUUCUAGGACUUGUGGACACCACUUUCCUCAUUUAGUAAAUUCCCAGCUAAAAUUACCAGCUGCUGAUCCCUUCCUUGAGAACAUCAGUAGGAGUGAUUUAGAAGAUGACGAAUCACAAAUAUUUGUUAAAUUCUUCAAGUUCCACCAUACUUACGACCUUAUACCACUAAGUGCGAAACUUGUGGUAUUUGACACUAGGCUGCAGGCGAAAAAGGCUUUCUUUGCCUUGGUAUACAAUGGAGUGCGAGCAGCCCCCCUGUGGGAUUCUGCACGUCAGUGCUUCACAGGAAUGCUCACCAUCACAGACUUCAUCCGUAUUUUACAAAACUUUUAUCAGUCACCCAACAGAAAAAUGGAAGAGUUGGAGGAUCACCGGUUAGAUACUUGGAGAGCCGUAUUAAAAGAUGAAGAUCGACCGCUGAUCAGCAUCCGACCCGAUGAAUCCCUUUAUGUUGCAAUUCGCUCACUUAUUCAUCACAAGAUUCAUAGAUUGCCUGUAAUUGACCCUGUCACUGGAAAUGUUCUGUACAUCGUUACUCACAAGCGUAUCCUCAAGUUCCUUUACUUAUAUAUUAACGAGUUGCCCAAACCGUCCAUGCUGCAGCAACCUUUAAGAGAUCUUGGCAUUGGCACCUAUGACAAAAUUGAAACAGCUAGUCAAGAUACACUCAUCAUUGAAGCUAACAAAUUCGUCGAGCACAGAAUAUCUGCGCUGCCAAUUGUGGAUGCACAGGGAAAACUUGUUGACAUUUAUGCCAAGUUCGAUGUCAUUAAUCUUGCUGCUGAAGGUACAUACAACAAUCUUGACAUCACUCUGCGCAAGGCAAAUGAAUAUAGGAAUGAGUGGUUUGAGCAGGUACACAAAUGUACUCUAGACGAAACAUUAGGAACCAUAAUGGAACGAAUAGUUCGAGCUGAAGUUCAUCGUUUGGUGGUGGUAGACUCCGACGACAAAGUGAUUGGUGUUAUAUCCCUCUCGGACAUUCUCAAGUACCUUGUACUUAAGCCUUGCCAUGAUGUUGAACCCAACAAACUUUCAUCUGCCACGGUGACUCAGAUGGAGGUCACUCUUACAGAAUCAGAGUCCUCCAAUUCGUCAGCAGUUGAUGGAAAAGAAACUGUUCCACCAACUUACCAACCCAUGGAUACUUCGGCUGAGGAUGUUCCAUUAAGUGGCCAGUCAGAUGUCACUCCUCCUGAUGUCAGUGUAACAAGUGUUGGCAAAACAGUGAGUGAAGAUAGUGUUGCAGACAAGUGGAGCAGUGACGACCGCUUGAGUCAGCAUGACAGCAGUAGUGGUCGGGGUGACAAAAGUGCAGCGAAGGCAUCUCCUGCAGAUAGUGAGGAGGAUGAAGGGCGUUACAGCAUGGGUGAUGCAGACGACCCUCCCUCAGUGCCAUCCUCUGAGGUUAUUCCCAUAACGGGGUGAAAUGAUUUCAAAGAAAAUGUGAUUUCAGUGAACUUUGAUUUAUACAGUAUACUAUAUAAGCCUCAUGCAAUACACUUGCUUCAGAAAUAUUGAGAACAGCAUCCAAAUUGUUUUAACAUAAUAUAUUCAGGUAGCUUGUCAUGUCAUGUCCAUGGUUAUUGGUAUGAUACAGUGCAGUAGUAGUGUGACUACUUUGGGUUUAUUUCAUCAAAAGUAUUAAGUAUUUUUAUUGUUGGUUCUACGUGGAAAAUCAUCGAAAAGAUGGCAGAGGUCAAAGUGUGGCCAAUAAGGUUUACAUAAUACUGAUCUCUAAUUAGGGCAUAAGCCGAGAAGAUGGUAAGAGAAGUAGAAUCAACAUAGUUCUUGCGGAAGCUGUACUUUGGGUGUGUCAUUGCAUUAUUUGAUGGCUAUAUCUAACCCACAUGUGAUAUUAAAUUGGCAGUUGGAGCUCAUCAUGUCAUGUAAUUUGAUGUCCAAGUAUAUGCUGAAAAACAAUGUUGCAAUGCCCUUCUUAGGUUAUUUAUGACUGGUUAACAUUUAAGUGAUAAUUCCACAGGAUGAAAGUGAAAGAUAUACAUAUAUAUAUUUUAUUAGCACGCAGUACAAGUGCUUCUUACAGAUAUUGCAAGUUACUUUUCUCAAGGGUAAUAUUACAAGCUUUACUAAUGCUUAUUUCAUUGGCAAUACAAAAGCCUGUGCAGAUAUACAUAGCACACUUGUUUGGCAUUCUACGAAAAGUAAGUUUAUAUAUUUUCUAGCGUUCAGCGAUAGGUCAUGAAAUAAUGUACAAUGUAAGUUUUCAUAUUCACCUAGCUGAGCUUUCUAAAAUAAAGCUCAAUUCUUUUUGGCCAGGCUCAUUCACAGAACUGCACUUAGUAUUAUUCAACUUUUGAACCAAUGUUUGUAGUUUUCAAACAGAGUAUCACUGAAGUUUUAAUGCUUACCGAGCAAACAGUAUAGUGCUUGCAUUAAAAGAUCUAGAAUUGUGUUAAAAGAUCUAGAAUUGUGUUAGAAAUGACUUUAUCCUCUGGGAAAUAACUUCUUGGAACGUAUGAGACAUGACCUUGAGGUUAAUUUAUCAUCUUUAUGAGAUAUUUUUCUUUUCUUUUGCUUAAAGGGAAAACCCUUGAUAUAGGCAUGAAUAGCAAGUCAUAGCCCUAGGUUAUAGAUUUUAAAUAAUUCUUUUACUAUUUUCAUUAGUAUUUUUUGUAAUUUAAUUUGGGAUGAUGUUGAAAGAUUCCAUUCUGGAGUCACUUUUUGUAAAACGAAUGCCCAUAAAUUAUUAAUUUCCUAAGGGGUCUUGAGAAUUAUUGUUGUAAUUUAUAUUUUAUUUUUAUUGUUAUUGAAUUUUUGGGGACAUUAAUUUCCCCCGUUGUUAAAUGCUGCAUCUUUGUCAAUAUUAUUAAUUGCAAACAAGGAAAGUGAAGCAUUAGUAGUGAUUGCCAUUAGAGCCUUCAGAAUUGUACUUAGUGCAACUGGCCAGAAUAUACAUUAUGCCCCUUGCUCAGUUUACAUAAACUUAUAAAAAAGGGAUUAGUGCAACAGGGAAAAACAGGUUAUAAUAAUCAUAUACAUUAUAUAUCCUUUCCAGUAUUGCUAAUUAGAUGUCUGUAGUUGAGGAUUAAGUUAAGGCUUUGAAGAGAAAAUGGAAGACGUACAAAUUCUGCACUAGGCAUUGUUGUACAGGUCGAGUAUAGCACAUUCAGUCCCUAGAGCAACGAAGAGAGCGAGAAAAUGCGAUAUAUACACUUAUAUAUUAUAUAUACAUACCGUACCGUGAUAUGGGAGAGUGUAUUGUGAGACAUUACCGAUACCAGUUAGUGUGGAUGUGCAUUCUUUGAAGAGGAAAAAAAAAAAAAAGGUCUUUCAUUUUGAGUGGUAUUGAAAUGAAAAAUGCACCACUUGCUUCUCCCUGUUGCCAAGCAUCAAGAGGAAGACAGGUGAGAGGUUUCCAAUCCUGUAGUGCAUCACAAUGUUUAAGUGCUGUGUUCAUCCCGAUUGUUUACACAACUGUUGUAUUUUGUGCCUCAUUGUAACUUUUUUAUGAAUUAUUCAUCUUGUUUAGCUUGUAAAUAAAUAAUAUUGAAAUGAGAGUUAGUGAUUCAUCAUGCCUUGUAUAUAUAAAUAUGUAUUCCUGGAUCCAAGUAUAAUAUAUGAUUUAAUAAAUAUGAUAAGGAUUAAAA